GCGGUGAAUUUCGGAACACAUUCGAAUUUUAAAACUGCGUAUGUGCGCGUGUAAUUGCCGCAUGCACUCCGCUUGAAAGCAGAAAAAUGAUGCGGAAGUGCCGGUUUCUAAGAUUUGCUUUAUCACGUUGACGUAAUACGCAUACAAAUGGCAUCGGCAAAGAUCGAGUUUGCGGUACACAUGACGUGUGAGAGAUGCGUCAACGCUAUUUCGAAAAGUCUAGCGGACUUGGAGGGUAUUCGAAAUAUCGACAUAUCCUUAGAUCGUGGCACUGUCAUUGUUGAAUCGGAUCUGUCUUAUUCUGUCAUACAAGAAAGGAUUGAGAAAACUGGAAGACGGGCAGUCUUGAAAGGAUAUGGAGACGGAUCAAGCGCAGUAUCGAUGUUAGGUGGAAACUCAGGAUACAGUAUAGGUAAUUUGAUCAAAGGGGUAAUAAGAUUCGCACAGACUCCUGAUGGAUGUAUCGUAGAUGGUACGGUCGAUGGCUUGAGUCCAGGCGAGCAUGGCAUGCAUAUACAUGAGUGUGGUGACAUUUCCAAUGGUUGUGACAGCGUAGGUGAGCACUUUAAUCCAUACAAUUCUCAGCAUGGAGGUCCCGAAGACGAUUUGUCUAAGAGGCAUGUUGGUGAUCUUGGUAACAUUCUAGUGGAUGCUACAGGCAGAGCCACUUUCCGGAGUCUAGACAAGUUUCUUAAAAUAUCUGACAUCAUCGGGAGAUCGCUCAUUAUUACUAAAGAUCCGGAUGAUCUUGGCAAAGGUGACGAUCCGGAGUCCAAGAUAAAUGGAAAUAGUGGGACUAGACUAGCCUGUGGUAUCAUAGCUCGAUCGUCGGGGUUAUUCCAGAAUACGAAAAAAAUUUGUGCAUGCGACGGCGUCACAAUAUGGGAUGAGAGAGAUCGGGCGCGUGCAAAUAAUCACGCAUACAUAUCGAAUCGUUCCGAACGUUUCCUUGAGACUUAUGCGUUACACGAUACUUACUUGGUAAUUGAUGGCAAUUGCAUAGCGUGCCAGUUAUACAUGUAUUACACAAAAAGUUACUGUCUCUUUGGUGGUGAUUAUGACAAGUACGCACUGUGUGUAUCAGAAUUCUUUGACGAACUGUUAAAGUGUAAUGUCACACCGUUGGUCAUAAUAGACGGUGGCUGUGAAGACAAGAAACUGAAGACAAUCAUAUCUAGAACGAAAGAGAAGCUUCAAAGAGCAGCGUGUUACACGCCGGCCUCUCAGAACACUAACAAGUUCUUACCUCUGAUGCUGAAGGAAGUUUUCAAAGAUGUUAUGAACAGAAAAGGCAUCCGGUAUGCACAGUGCAUAUUCGAGGCAGAUAAUACCAUAGCUGCGAUAGCGCGUAUUCUAAACUGCCCCGUGUUAAGUUACGACUCGGAUUUCUACAUCUAUGGAUCGCUAUAUAUACCGUUCGAUACGUGGAGUCGGAAUUUCGUGAGUCGCAAUCCAUCGGGUAACGGCUACGUAAAGUACUGUAAGAUUUAUCACGUCAACAAACUUUUCCAAUUUUACAAGGGAUUGAAUCAAUUGUUGUUGCCUCUGGCAGCCAUGUUGCUGGGAAAUGAUUACGUGAAGCCGCAUACAUUUAAAAACUUCUUUCGCCACUUGAAGUUACCGCACACAGGAAGGAUAAUGUACAGUGACCAACAGCGACGUAUAGACGCUACAUUUAAUUGGCUACGAAGACACAACUUGCCGCAAGCUGUAACGGGCAUACUGAGCAGGCUACAAAAACAAGAACGCAAACGUGUAUUGAAUAUAAUAGAGAUGGUACUUAAUAGUUAUUCCAGUGCAUCGCUAAGCGUAUUGCACAUGCUAGGUAUUCCUCCUGAGCACUGUUCAAAGAAAGCUAUGGAGUAUACGUCGAAGAAAUAUAAAUUUGAAGGUGAUAUAUACAAUCUGACUUACGUCGAGGAGAACUCAAGUGAGGCCAAUUUGAGCGACGACGACGAAGAAUUAGAUGAUCAAGAAAUAACAAAUAUAUUGCAAGGGAAAAAUGUUUCCAAUGAAUCCCUGGUUGAUACUUUACCUCAAUGGUUCAUCGAUGAAUUCAAACUGAGCAGAUAUCCUUCUUAUUUUAUAGACAUAAUAAUACGAAGAUUAUAUGUUUGUCCCAUACAAAUUGAAGACUUUUCGUGCCCCACAUCUCUCAAUGCAAGCUUAAAUAUUAUAAGUGUUAUUUAUGCUUUACUGAUAUCAGAAGUUAAAGGAAAUAAAACCUGCUUGGAAUACAUAACUAGAGAAAAUAAGGAAAUUAAGUGUUACGAGUUAGAGUACAAUGAUACUUUAUACGGUUGUCAAUUACCUCUUUUAUCAAACUUGAGGACACUGCCAGUUAUAACCAGAAGAGAAAUUAUGAACGCUACUUUAGGAAUCAGUCAUGAAAGCUAUCUCCAUGAAAUUCCAUCAAGCUGGAUGCUGUAUAUCGCUAUUAUCAAGUAUUGGAUAGAUCAACAAGAAGAACCGUGUAAUUUAGGUUGUCACGUAUAUUCCUUAUUAUUUGCUAUGUUAUUUACCAUAAUAGAUUGUAAUAUAGGCGUCUAUAGAAAUCCGAGGAAGUUCCAUGAUAGCUUCGAUCAUCAAAUAGAUAUGAUUCGAUACACGAGACGAAGGAGAUAUUAUAAUUCGCAAUAUUCGGAAAAUGCCGCAACACUUGGAGAUGCAUUUCAUGAAGUUAAUGUAGAUGACUGCUACAUUGCAGCUUCGUGGUUUCAGUUUAAUUUCGAAAUGAAUACAAAAUUAUAUGCUUAUCCGAAAACAAUGAAUACCGCAAUUAUUCAUCGUUUUGCCGAGUUUCAGAAUUGCUUGAGACAUGCCAUGAAUUUGAACGCACUAUUAGAUUACCCGUAUGAACAAACCAAGGUUGCCAAUGUGUUCAAUGGCACAUUGCUGUAUAAUCUGUGUGAUAAUUUUAAAAGACGUGGCGAUGUUGAAGCUUACAUUAAUCUGGUGUUAAAAGAGUCUCCGAGUUUAUUACGUUUAUUUGAUAUGCUUUUAUCAAAAGUGAAACCUCUGUUUGGUACGGCACUGGAAAAGAAAAUUAAGAAAUUUAAAAAGCGUAAAACAAAAAAAUAUAACGAAAAUAAAUGCACAGAGGAAGAAAAUGAUGAAGAAACAACAAAUGAGAGCAACGAAAAUGAAGAAACAUUUUACGAUGCUAAUAAUAGCUUUUCUAUUCUCAAUGUCGUACAACAUUAAACUUUUUAUAUAUUCUAACAAAAAUUAGCGUUAAUUUUUUUGAUGAAAAAGAUUAAACAUUCCGAUAGGACGUAAUCAUAAGGCUACCGAAAAGAUGGCAAAUGAUGAUAAGCAACGCAUGAUAGUGAGCGAUACAUAUGGUUGAAUACACACAUACAAUAAAUGUCUCAAACUUUUACUAAUAUAAUAUUAUGAAUUUGUUAUAAGUCAGUAUAACAAUCAAAUUGUAUUUAUGAUGGAUCUAAAUUUAUUACAAUGUGACAAAGUGUAAUAUAAUUGUAUGAUAUUAAUAUUUAAUGAAAACAUGUUUAACUUGAUCAAAGAGAAUCUAAAUUCUUGAAUCAGUUUUAUCUCUUAUUGUUAGACGAAUUUGUAUAAUCUUUUCAUUUCUGAUGUAAUAUUAAUGAUAUAAUAUUAAAUUUCUUUUUUUCUUGUA